ACAAUUCUUCAGAAUGCUUAUGCACUUUGUUAACCAUCCAACUUGCAGAACAGUCGUCAGCUGCACUGCUGAACAGUGUCAGAAAAGUUCACUUACCAGUUACUACAAAUAAAUAAAUUGUUACCAGUUUGUGAUUUCCCCAGUUUAUGUCAAAAAAUCUGAAAUUGUUUUCGCCUUGUUACUUUCAUUUUGUAGCGAAAAAUGCUGAGAACGAUAUCUAUGCUGUUGAUUCUGUCCACAGGUCUAAAAGCUGCACAUCACGGAGAUCCAUGCUUUGAUAAUAUCCAAUGCACGGAUUCGGGAUUGACAUGCACCGGCGCCCGCUGUUACUGCUACAUGGAUCUCGGAGAAGAAGUGGCCAGAUACUGGGCAUGCAACACAGAUGACGAUUGUCCAGUGCUGGACUCCAACCAAUCCACUUGGACAGGAAACAAUGACCAGAGCCCGGAUAAUGACAGCAACAACGUCAAGAAGCUGGCUUGUAUUCCGUCCGAAGAAUGCCCGUUAGUCGAAGGUUUCAGUGGUUACUGUUAUGUUGGGCGGCAGUAAGCAGUCAUUUUGUCCAAAAAACUGUUCGAGUCUUUUUGGGUAAUGACUAUGUUGCGAUAGGGUAUGUCACAAUUUUUCAGAUUCCAAUGGAUUGGGCUUAAAGGUUUUUGUUUAUUUUAUUCUAGUUUUCAUGCAAUAUGUGAUACAAUCAUUACAGUUUACUCUGUACAUAGCAGGCCGUAGUGGUAUUAAUAAUUUAUGAUUUCUGCGGCUAUUAAUUUUACCGAGCCAUAAAGAGUCAAG